AUUAUUUCUUUUCAUUGCGCGUCAGUGAAGUUUAAUUUAUUGAUCCACUUCCGGGUUCCCCCCAUAAAUUGAGUGUCAGUCAGCGGUGUGUCACAAGAAAACAAGUAACCCUUGCAAGUAAAUUUAAUACAUUUUGUGUUCGGCUGGUGUCAAGGCUACAAAAUGGCGCGCUUUAUUUUUCUUUUUGUGGCUGCUUUAUUUACGGUCACAGCGGCGCAGUUUAUACCCCCGUUCACAGAAGACUGCCGGAUGGGAAUGUACCCACCAAGUGGACCCACGUUUAAAGGAGCCGUCAGCUGGUAUUCGGUGGACCUGGACUUGCCCCCCAGGGACAGAUGGACCGCUGUGAUCACUGAGAAAAAGAGGGAGCUGGCCAGCAUGAUCCAGGCCAUCAAAGACUUGGCGGAUGCGUUCGUGCCUGACGGGAAGCUGGUCGAGCUGGUGGACGCCGCGCUGCCUCUUAUAGUCGACACGCUUCCGUACCCGUUUGCCGAUGAAAUUAGAGGAAUAGCGGCAGCCUCGGGGAUUCCUCUGGGUAAGCUGAGAUGGGCGUUUCCGCUGAGCGGGACAGAGAUAGUAAUCUGCCGCUGGGAGGUGGAUGAACAUGCUUGUUUGUCACCCGGUGGCGACGUAGGUGAGGUGGUCCUGUUUAACAUCUUCUACGAGGUGUUUACCGUCUGCACGUCGGUCAUCGCAGAGGACGCCAAAGGAAACCUGCUGCACGCUCGCAAUCUGGAUUUUGGAUUAUUCAUGGGGUGGGACGAGCGAAACAAGUCGUGGGUGGUGAGCGAGUUGCUGAAGCCGCUGGUGGUCAACGUGGACUUCAAGAGAAACAAGCAGACGGUCUUCAAGUCCACCAGCUUUGCGGGCUACGUUGGCAUGCUGACGGGCAUCAAACCUACCGCCUUCACGCUGACCAUGAACGAACGCUUCAGCCUGGACGGAGGAUACAUCGGAAUCCUGGAGUGGAUCCUCGGGAAGCGAGACGGGAUCUGGAUGAGCUUCCUCACUCGCUCCGUGCUGGAAAACGCAACCAGCUACGAGGAGGCCAAAGGUCGCCUGGCUCAGACCAAACUGCUGGCUCCGGCCUACUUCAUCCUGGGGGGCAACAGCACGGGCCAAGGCUGCAUCAUCACCAGAUCCCGCCUCCUCAGCCUGGACGUCCUCGAGAUUGACUUGAAGUUGGGCCGCUGGUACGUGCUGGAGACAAACUACGACCACUGGAAGGAUCCGUUGUUCCUGGAUGACCGCAGGACCCCGGCCAUGAAGUGCAUGAACGCCACCUCGCAGGCCAACGUCUCCAUCAAGACGCUUUAUGACGUGCUGUCCACGAAGCCGGUGCUCAACAAGUUGACCACGUACACAACACUGAUGCAGGUGUCUGCAGGCACGCUGGAGUCCUACAUCAGAGACUGUCCCAGCCCCUGCAUGCCCUGGUGACCCAUCACUGCUGCCUUGUGUUGUCUUUCACAUCAGUUCUAAACGUCGUUCAUGUGGACGUGAUGCGAAAUGUUCUGAAAGCGGACAAAGGGAAGUGCACGUGAGUGCACGUCACAUUGGUUCCAGGCGCAGGCUGCCAACCAUUUCCUUAAAAUCCAACUCCCACUUCAUGUUUCAUUAAAAACAAUUCCGGUACAAAUCUUUUCUAUUGUUUUUCACCAAAACAUUCACCUUCAGAUGCAACGUCCUUUUUUAGGGGAGGGGUCUCAAAAUCACGGCCCGCAGCCAUUUGCGGCCCACCAAAUCGUAACUUGCGGCCCGCAACUGGACAUCGUAGUGUAACUGCAGCCCGCAACAUCCGGGCAAGCUCAGUCUUCCAUACUUCCAGGGGCAAGUAAACAACACUGAAGUAACAGUGGUGUUAUCACAUGGAUGUAUUGGGACUUGUAUCGUAUCUUGAGGUACCCUGAGAUUCCCAGCCCUACUCCCAACCCAGCCGCACCCAAACUCUACCUCCACUGGCCCCCAGUGAAAUUGAGUUUGAGACCCCCAUUUUAGGUGGCCCUAAUAUUGAAUCCUUAGGUGCUCCCAUUUUUAUUUUGGCCAGAGGGCACACCCAAUUUUUCAGCCUUAGGUGUACCUAAUAUUCUGGGUGCCACUAAUAUUGGAUUUGUGUUGACACUUCGGGUCAACCUAAUAUUUUUGCCUCAACUGUACAUUUUUCAGUUGCCACACAUGUACCUAAUGGUUUGGGUGUACAUCUAGUGUACCUAAUGAUUUGGGUGUACAUCUAGUGUACCUAAUGGUUUGGGUGUACAUCUAGUGUACCUAAUGAUUUGGGUGUACAUCUAGUGUACCUAAUGAUUUGGGUGUACCUAAUGAUUUGGGUGUACAUCUAGUGUACCUAAUGAUUUGGGUGUACAUCUAGUGUACCUAAUGGUUUGGGUGUACAUCUAGUGUACCUAAUGAUUUGGGUGUACAUCUAGUGUACCUAAUGAUUUGGGUGUACCUAAUGAUUUGGGUGUACAUCUAGUGUACCUAAUGAUUUGGGUGUACAUCUAGUGUACCUAAUGGUUUGGGUGUACAUCUAGUGUACCUAAUGAUUUGGGUGUACAUCUAGUGUACCUAAUGAUUUGGGUGUACCUAAUGAUUUGGGUGUACAUCUAGUGUACCUAAUGAUUUGGGUGUACAUAUAGUGUACCUAAUGGUUUGGGUGUACCUCUAGUGUACUGUGUACCCCCCAAUUUUUCAGCCCUAGGUGUGCCUAAUGUUUUGGCCUCAUUUUUCAGCUGCGUAAAAUUGAGUAUUCUGGCCUGCGGUGUACCUUAUAUUUUGGGAGAGGCUGCAGCAUCAUGAAUAUCAAUGAAGGACAUGAAAACACAAAAGUCCCAACAUUUUAAUGAAAACGUUCUGCAUUGUAACAAGAUGGAGGGAAAACAAAGCUUGCAGCCAAUAAAGACUAAAAUGUAGAAAAAUGUCAACAAAGCAUUGAAGUCACAGCUUUUUAAAACUUGUUAACUCACAGCAGGUGCAUGAAGGCGAACCCAUCCCAAACAAACAAACAAACCUUAGUGGGAUAAAAUGAACUAGUAUUUGCGGAGGACUUCACUAUUUGCUUUUCAAAUCAAGUUAUUGACAGGACAACAUCGGCAGCCUCAGAAGAUCUGAUGUGCUUUUAUUUCCUCUUCCUGGGCAGCAGCGUUUCCUGCAAAAGACCAGCCAAACGUACGUAAACCCAAGCAGUAGUAUCAGUACUAGCAGUACUACCAGGUGUAAACGCCAACGCUGUCGAGACAAACCUGGUUCCUUCAAAGCCUCGUCGUUUCCCAAGAGACCCGCAAAAAGUUCUGUGUUGUCGCCGAGGAUUUCCACUCGCAAGUCGUUAUUCUGCUGCUCCUCCACGAUCCUCUUCUGCAGCUCCUCCUGCCCACAACCCAUCAAUCAAUCAAUCAAUCAAGCCCACCGUGAAGGGAGCUGCUGGGAUUGGACGUUACCUCACACAUGACGCUGAGCUGCAGGGGAAGGUCGUCCACUUGGACAAAGUCGUCUUCGUCCGAUGUCCUCUGGCUGCUGUUGCCCGAACCCGCCUCCUGCAACGUCAUCAACGCCGCGCUCAACGCUUACACACACCACACGUGACAAUCAUCUUCAUCACGCAGACCGCCCAAUGACUGCAGAAAUGCUGACCGACUGGAAAAAUACAUGCUGACUGACCACUUUAGACUCCAUGGAGUGCUGCUGUCAUGAUCAACAUGUAGACUGGCCUAUGACUGCACUAACAGCCAGUGUAACGACUGACAUGUAGACUGGCCUAUGACUGCACCAACAGCCAGUGUAACAACUGACAUGUAGACUGGCCUAUGACUGCACUAACAGCCAAGGUAACGACUGACAUGUAGACUGGCCUAUGACUGCACUAACAGCCAAGGUAACGACUGACAUGUGGGCUGAAGACAGCCAAUAAGUGCAUCUAUCUUACGUCCACGUUGAUCAUGACGGGUGAGUCGGUGUCGGGACUGCUGGUGUUGAUUGAGUCUUUCGGGAAGCUCUGAACUUCUGAGAUUCUGCUGGUCUCUUCAGGAGCAGUGGGGACUGUGUGCUCGUCUUCUUCCUCCACCUUGUCCUCCUCCUCCCGCCUGCCGUGACUCGUCAUCAGUGUGGGCUCAUGGUCAGCCAGGUCGAUGACGGGCACCUCGGUGGUCCCUGCGGUGUGAGGGAGUGAAGGCGGGUGAGUAAAUGAGAGUGAGGAAUGAAAGCCUGCAGCAAGAAGCAUCUCACCGUUUGCUGAGCUCAGCUCACUUUUCAUCUCCUGGAUGUCCUCCUGCACACGGACGCAGAUCAACAUCAGACGUAUGCACAGGGUGUGGUCAGUCUGGGGGGUGGGGUGCUCACACUGACCUCAUGGUCCUCCAUCUGGCUUUCUGCAGUGGCCUGCAUUGACGUCUGGACGUCCACGGGCCCCGCUUCAAACUCCUCCAGCUCCUCCUCCUCCUCAUUCUCGUCCUCGCCGCUGCCAUAGUUGGUCAGGGCCUGAGUCUCGGCUUUGGAAAGACCUCCAGGAAAGAAAGCGCGGUGAUGGUGAGACGUAUGGCGUGGACCACCAGGGUUGUAAUACUGCAUUUAUUUUGGACUGGCAAGGAGAAACCCUCCUUUCCUUACUGAUGGACAGCGGCAGCCCACAAGCUCCAGCCUCUUCCUCAUCUUCUUCACCGUCCUGGCAUGUCAGGUGACUGGCCAGGCACAUCCCCCGCUGAGAAGAAUCCUGCUCUCUGUCGUCUUUGUCCUGCCAGACAGACAGAGUAGUGUCAUGUGACGCUGGUGUAGCGGGGAGGAAGAUGCACAGACCUUGUCUUCUUCGGGAGAAGAUGACGUGUCGAGCUGGACCGUAACGCUCUCCUAACGUAGGAGUAGAAAAAGCAUAUUUGUAGAGUUGCAGGCGGAAGUACGGACACAACGGCUCACGCUUUUGAAAGCUUCUCAACUUCUCACCAACCUUUAAAGUGUGAUUGGCCUCAGGAGGCGCCUCAGCCUUCCGCCUCUUUUUCUGCUUGGCUUCCGAAGAGACACCGAUGCCAUUGUCCAAGUCCUGCAUGAGCCUGAAGAAGGCCAGCUCGUUGAAGAGGAUGUCCGAGAUCUCCACCAGGAGGUCCUCGCCGCAGUCCUUGAGGGUGUGGCCCACAAACACGCCGAGAGAAUCCUGGAGGCGGCAGGAGAGGAGAGGUCAGCUGUGGGAGCCAUCGGAAGACGUGCGUCCGGUCCUACCUGCAGGAUGCCCCCUAGCUGUCGGUGGAAGAAGCGCACAAACUCCUUGCUCUCGUCGUUUUGCUGGGUGAGCGCCAGAACCUUGCGGCGCAAAGACGUCAGCAGCUGCGGGGAACACACCUUGUCCAUGUUGUCCUGCAUCAGGACACAUAUUCAUUUAAACCUGCUCCCAAAUUGCAUUUCACACGAUGGUAUCAUUAAAAAAUAUUAUUUUAACCAUUAAAAAUGCUCAUUUGACCUUCCGGCCUCUGGCGUGCAAGCCAAUGCUACGUGUUAGCAUUACUAACAUCAAGUAGUCUACUGGAUGUUUGGAGGAAAAGAGGCAACUACUUCAUACAGGUAAUGGAACACACCUUGUACGCCUAGAAAGCCUGCUAUAAACGCUACAUAGACGCAUGUCUUAUCAUCAUAGACAGCGGUGAGGUGCAUUCAGGGGCGCUCCAAACAACAUUUUUAAAUUAAGUGGCGUCUUUGGUGUGAUUCAAAUGUGCUGCUAUUAAAGAGACCAGUGCUAAGCAAAUAGAUUUCCAGACAUGUGUUCCAUCUUUUAGCGUGAUUUAGUUCUGUUCACUUGGAGCUGUUAAUGCAGACAUCCCCUUAUUUGUUUUUGUUCAUAAAAUACAGUAAAAAAAAUAUUUCGCACAUAGUUGCACAUGGUGAUUAAUCAUGAUUAAGUUGUAAACCUUUCAUCAUUUGACAGCCCUGCUUUUCAGUCAUUGCUGUCAUUCAGUCAUGCGUGUCUGAAACAUGUCGACACAAC